GCACCGCUCUCUCUGUCUCUCUCCCCUCUCUCUGUCUCUCUCUCUCUCUCACUCACCCACUCCUCCGCUCUCUGCUUCUCUUCUCUUCCCCUGCUUGUUUGCCUUGUAUUUUCCCCUGCGGUUCCAGGCGUUGAGUCCGGUGCUAGUGGUAUACUGUAGUAGUGGUGGUGGAAGAGAGAAAAGAGGGGGGGUUGGGAUCAGGAUCAUGCGUCCUCUUGUCCCGCUGUCCUCUCUGCCUGUCUCUUCUCGUUUGGACCCAGCGGCAUCAAAAGCAGAGCCCAGCACGGGCAGCCACAUCAGUCGGGCGAGCACAGCCACAACACAAGCUGCUCCUUCUGUUCUCCUCCUCCGCUGCCCUGGACCGAGCGCUGAAGACUCUCCGGCACGGGAUUAGCUCUGGUGAGGACACCCUCUCCAACGGCAGCCGUCCCCCCGCGGAGGACAACGCUCACUUCUGCUCUUCUGCCGUCUCUUUUCUGGUGGACACGUCUGGUUGACAGCCUGGGACACCUGCUCGUGGCUUUUGCCUCUGUCUGCGCCUGAAGUUUUUCGGGAUCAAGAGUCACCCUGAGUGGAGAGGGGAGGAGAGUCAAGUGAGUUUGUCGUUUAUUUUGUGACGAUCCCUGUCUCACAGCACAAGUGUGGCAUUUGAGCUUGCGGUGUGGUACGAGGGCUCCCCGCAUCACCCCUUCUGACGAGAGAUCUCUGCCGCAGCUGUGCACCGUUGGAAUGCGGAAAGACCCCCACCGCCACCGCCACCACCACUGUCGCCCUCCUAGAGCCACAGCAGGGCUACCCUGCAGGGCAAACCGAGCAGAGGGGUAGAACGAGACAGAGGAGGAGGAGGAGGAGGAAUAAAACGAGUGCAGAGACACAGGGAGAGGAAGAGAGAGGGAACACGUGAAGAAUUGGGGCAGAAUAACAGAGAGAAAAAAGCCCACAUCAGCAUCCUGCUGCAGAGAUCAGAGGCACAGAGCAGGAGGCUGUGCCAGAGCUGGAGACCGGAGAGAGAGAGAGAGACCGAACGAGAACGACACACUCCAAAAAAAGACUAGAAGUGAGAGACAGAGAGAAAGACUCCAUUCAGGAGGAGAGAGCCACUGAGAGAGGAGGAUAGAGAAACACUGAGGAAGAGAGAGAGAGCGACCAGGAGACUCCCUCUCUCCUCACUCCCGCUUUCCUGCUCAGACCCAGACAAGUGCCCGACAAUAAGCAGGAGGAGAAGAAAAGGACGAAGAGUCACCUUCAACCUGCACUCCUCUCUCUCUCUCUCUCCCGCUCUCUCCCUCCACUCACACAGGUCUUUCCCCUCUGCGCGUCACCCUCUAACUCCAGUCACUGCAGAACAGCAGCAGCAGCAGCGGCAGCGGUAGCAGCAGCAACCCUGCAGUGAGGAGUCUCUCCUCGCUCUCCACCUCUCCCUCUUUUUCUCUCUCACUCUCUCCUCACAGAAGCUAACCGUGGGGGCAUGCAGGUGUCCAUUGCCUGCACCGACCAUGGCCUCAAGGCGCCCCGCAACGGGGAUGGCCACAGCAAGCAGAACGCCGCCAGCCCCAACACCGGUGCCAGCAAGGCCCGUGCCCGCUUCCGCACCGUGGCACUCAUCGCCCGCAGCCUGGGCUCCUUCUCCCACCGCCACCCCAUCUCGCUCAAGGAGUCCACGGGCAAGCUGACGGGCAUGAAGUACCGGAACCUGGGGAAGUCAGGCCUGCGCGUAUCCUGUUUGGGGCUCGGCACAUGGGUCACCUUCGGUGGGCAGAUCUCUGACGAGGUGGCGGAGCAGCUGAUGACCAUUGCCUAUGAGAACGGGGUCAAUCUGUUUGACACGGCCGAGGUCUACUCCGGAGGAAAGGCUGAAAUAAUCCUCGGAAACAUCAUCAAGAAAAAGUGUUGGAGGAGAUCGAGUCUUGUCAUCACCACCAAACUCUACUGGGGAGGAAAAGCCGAGACAGAGAGAGGCCUCUCCAGAAAGCACAUUGUGGAGGGUCUUAAGGGUUCCCUGCAGCGGUUGCAGCUGGAGUAUGUGGAUGUUGUCUUUGCCAACCGGCCUGACGGCAACACGCCCAUGGAGGAGAUUGUGAGAGCCAUGACCCAUGUGAUAAACCAGGGGAUGUCCAUGUACUGGGGCACCUCGAGGUGGAGUGCCAUGGAAAUUAUGGAGGCGUACUCAGUAGCGAGGCAGUUCAACCUCAUCCCCCCGGUGUGCGAGCAGGCCGAGUAUCACUUGUUCCAGAGGGACAAGGUGGAGACACAAUUACCUGAACUCUACCACAAGAUCGGUGUGGGAGUGGUUUCCUGGUCUCCUCUGGCCUGUGGAAUCAUCACAGGGAAGUAUGAGAACGGGGUUCCCGAAUCCUCCCGAGCAUCCAUGAAGUCAUACCAGUGGCUGAAGGAAAAGAUCCUGAGUGAGGAUGGGAGGAAGCAGCAGGCCAAACUGAAGGAGCUGGGUCACAUUGCUGAGAAGCUGAGCUGCACCUUGCCCCAGCUAGCCGUGGCCUGGUGCCUACGCAAUGAAGGAGUGAGCUGCGUUCUUCUGGGAACAUCCAACCCUGCACAGCUAACAGAAAACCUGGGGGCAAUACAGGUCUUGCCAAAGAUGACUACUCAACUAGCCUCGGAUAUCGACCAUAUUCUGGGAAACAAACCUCACAGCAAGAAAGACUACCACCACCAUUCGUAGACACCUCAGAGCAAGAAGGACUACCACCACCACUCGUAGACACCUCAGAGGGUGGCUGAGCAAGCUGUCCUCUGUCUAGAUCGUGACUCUGUUCCUGUGUGUAUGUAUGUGUGUGUGUGUGUGUGUGUGUGUAUGUGUGCUUAAGUGUAUGUGUGUGUGUGUAUGUGUGUAUGUGUGUAUGUGUGUAUGUGUGUGCAUGUGUGUGCGUGCGCCUGUUUGUUUGUGUCCUGCUGCACUCCGCGUCCAGAACCUUCCCCAGGCUGCAGCUGUCUCCAGGAGCAGAUCCGGCCGGUCAGAUCAGGGCCGGCACCAGGCGGAGUUGGGGCCAGGUCAGGGCCAGAUCUGGGCCAGGUCCGGUCCAGACUCAGCUGCUGUCAGUUCUGAUGCUCAGCCGUGAUAACCGAGCUCCUCUACAACGCUAUGCAUGCUUCUGGUAGACCAAACACCCUAUCCUCUGAGAACUCAGAACAUCCUGUUAUUAAUAAGUGAACAUGUCGCAACAUCAUAGUCAGGCUUGCCAACUUUCAGGGCUGUUUAGCGUUGGUGUUCAGACUGAGAGGGCCGUCUGAAAUCCAAAGCAUGAGAUUACCAACAGUGGAAAUCACUGAGGCAUGACAAGGUGUGGCAGCUUUUGAAAUGGCUUGGAAAUGUUAACCUCAUGCCAAAUGCCUGCAAGUUGGGAACUCUGAAAACACUAUCUUACUCUGGUGUGCCGUUAACUGUCUGUCAUCCAUAAUAGCCAAAGUCAACCCUUUCUCUGGGACUAUGAACUCUCGCUAUUUUCUCUUAAGUAAAAAGCACUUCUUGGCAGCUGUGGAUUUUCGAGAAAAUUGAUUGACAUACUGUCUGUGUUGUUAACAAAUUAACAAAUAAAUGGCAAAAACAAAUUCCCUUGAGUUCAUUGCUGUUCAAUGUCAAGUCUUUUCCUGAGACUUUAUGCUCUGCACUGUCCUUAUGAGAACGGUUCAGUCUGCUGAGAAUUAGCUGAGAAUGGCUAUGAGGUCAUGCUAGCUUUUCUGCACUUGUGAAGUGGAACCUAAUUGCAAAGCACAAAAAUGUUUGAUCCUGAGGUUCAUAGGAUCAGAUACCUGUGUGCAUGUGUUUUGCUUGGAGGCUUUGUCUUCACUUCAUAAAUUGCUAUAUUGUUUACAAUACUGUAAAAUUGUAGUACUAUGAUGACAGUACAUAGUGAACUGUAAUUUGUUUUUAACAAUAAAAACAAAUUUU